AUGGCAUUUACAAACGUCCGACCAAGAAACCGAAGACACGUUUUAAACGACACUUCAGCUAGUAUAACAUUACAAGACGUGAGAAAAGAAAUCACAAAACAUUUUCAACAACUUAUGCCCCUCAACUACUGUACAUCAAGUGAGAAAGUAUGCCCCGCAGGUCCCCCUGGACUUCCUGGUCCCACUGGGGCAAAAGGACCCCGUGGCAGGAGGGGACCAAAGGGGAAAAGGGGGCCUCAAGGUCCCAUGGGACCACCUGGAAAAUCCGGAAAAACAAGAAUGAUGGGUCCCGCAGGGCCGAGAGGAGAAAAGGGAGACAAGGGAGUGCCUGGGCCGAAAGGUGUACCGGGACCACCAGGAAUACCUGGGAAAUCGAUAUCUGCUCCACAAGUAAUGUUGUCGCCGCCAGAACAGACACGAGAUGAAGGAACAAAUACGGCUUUUUAUUGCACAAUUGGAGGAAAUCCUCCCCCUGCCGUCGAGUGGCGAUUCAAGGGCAGAAAGCUUCUGUCAGGUGCAAAGUAUCUGAUUAAAAAGGGAGAGUUGCUCGUUAAGAAUCUGAACUACAGCGAUGCUGGGCAGUACACAUGUCACGCCAGGAACAUUCUUGGAUCGUCUGAAGCCACUUGUAAUUUAUCUGUUCGAGGUAAGCUCAGAGAAUAAUUGAAACUUCAGGGUUUUUCAUACUCAGCUGCUUAGUGAUGAAUAUAUUUAUGCAGGAGCCUAUCAAAUUGGAGCCUCCAUCUCCAUUAAUUUCUUGAGUCAACCCUUUCCCGAGUAGAUUUAUAAAUAGAACGGCUUGUUUCCCGCGAAAAGUGUCAUAUUUCCGUGAGUCUCGUAUGUCACCGUGAAAAAAAUGAAGUUGGAUGAAGUCGAACUCAGAAGCCCGUCCUUCGUCCGUUUUCCUUUUUUACUAUACGUCCAUUUUUACAGUUUUACAGCCGCUGGGAUCUGGGAUGAAAUAAAAGUUAAUGAAUUACCCGACUGAGACUGAGCAUGAAGCGAUGGGACAAAGGCAGCGAACUGAGGAUCACGGAAAGGUUCUGUGCGAGUGUUUGUCUUUGUUUUUUUUUUACCGUCAUACAUCCCACAUUUAAGCAUGCACCUUGAAAAGAGUCGACGAUUAAGCGUUCUGUGGACGAUUUGAAACUUUUCGAUGAUCAGCGCCGAAAAAGUGCCAGGAUCAUUUAUUUUUGUCAUAUCAUCGCCGUGGAGUGGAUUUUCGCCAGUUAAGCACCGCGUGCAAAAGCGAUGACCUAAGUAGCAACUAAGGAGGAAUGCUUUAGAAAAAUUGCAGUCUUCCUUUACAACUGACUUGUAUCACCAUGAGAGUUGCCUGAUAAAACUGGCACUUGAAAAGUUGAACAGAAGACAACAGUUGCUCGACCGUGAAGCUAACUCAAAGUAAUUUGCUAACGGUGGAAUUUGUGACAUCGCGCCCGGGCAUCGCGCUCCAGUCCAAAGACCCUCUUAUCUCCAGAAAAACAAAAUGGAUUGUAUCUGCGCCCAAAGAAUUAUGACUGACCAACAGGAGAAUUCUCAGCAAUUAAUGUAGAAGUUUAGGUCAAUUCUUUCCUUCGAAUUGGCAUCUGUAGAUCACUUUUUUGCGAGAAAACAAUGACUGGGCUCGGCGUUACAAAACAUAGCAGGGAAUCAUCACACUAACUGACGGACAAAACAAUCACAGUAUUUAUUCAGACAAACGCAUUUCGGAUAAAAACUUGAAAAACUAGAAAUUUGAUUAAUAUUGAGUCAUUUAGCCGAAAUAAGAACCUUAACGCUAAAAAAAAUUGGCUAAAGAAAACGAAUCCUGUCAGAACUAUAGACUGCAGGUAGUAGUUAAUCCUUACGCAUGUAACAGACCAGCUUAAUGUGAGACAAGCAACCAAAAUUAAGAUUAACAUAGUCAGAGUUUAAAACUGUCCACAGUAUAAUCUACCCGCUAGAAAGAAAAGAAAGAAAGGGCGCUUUCCAUUUACUCAAAAUUUCCGGAAUUUCCGGUUCGGCGGAAAAUGGAACACGUUUCGUCGGUUCGUCCCACUGGAAAAUUCCCAGAAAAAGUGGAAAAUCUAAAAAGGUGGUCCCGUUUUCCCGGUUGGAAUUUCCGAACGGAAUGUCGUGUUCCAUUGACUUUUCUUGUAGUUUGUACCAGUUCCAGGUCCACGGUCGGGCACCCGGCCACGUACCGGGGUUUACGACCAAAUGGAACAACUUUUUACCAAUCGGAAAUUCCACUUUUGGUACCACCGAAAUUUCCGGGUUUUUUUCGUAAAUGGAAAGCGCCCAAAAUCUCUGAGGGAUGAAAACGCUUAAGUCACGUUUCACUUGCUUAUGAUGUUGUUUGGCCUGUCAGCACCGAAUUUCCUGCUGUUUCAUGAAGUACAAUAGCAGUGUCAUUUAGUCGUUGUGAUUGGCUCUUCCCACCGUCGGCGCGCGAAGUCUCCCCUGGGAACCGUUCUAAUUAUAAAUCUACUCGGGAAAGGGUUGACUCCAAGGGCUUGUAUGGGAGAUGGAGGCUCCAUUUGAUAGGCUCCUGAUUUAUGUCUAUAAAGGGCGUUGACUGGGUAACACCCUUGUUUGAGAUUUGCUGGUAAUUUUUUCCUUUUUGCUUUCACUUUCUUUUUUCUUUCUUCCUUUUCUUCUGUUUACACUGUAAUUUUCAGGGAGUUAUAAUAACUCCUCAAGUGGGGCUAAUUUAACUCCUUACAGUGGAGUUAUUUUUCGUGGAGUUAUUUUAACUCCAAAAAGGAGUUUAAAGAACUCUUUUUCAGGAGUAAAAGUGACCCCAGAUAUUGAGGAGUUAAAAUAACCCCAAAAAAGGAGUUAUCCUGUACCUAAAAUUUUUACUCCACUUUCAGAGUUAAAUUAACUCCAAAAAGAGUAAAAACAACCCCUGUAAGGAGUACAAGUAACCCCAUUUCGGAGUAAUUUUAACUCCAAGACUGGGAGUAAAAAGAACUCUUUUUCAGGAGUAAAAAUGACCCCAAAUUCGGAGUUAAAUUAGGAGUUAAAAUAACCCCAAAAAAGGGGUUAUCCUGUACCUAAAAUUUUUUCUCCAUUUUUGGAGUUAUAAUAACUCCCUAAAAAUUACCGUGUAUUUGUUUGUUUUGUUUUGUUUUUAUUCAUUUUUGUCUCACUUACAAUAAUUUGUACAAGCAAUAAUAUAGAAGCUUCGUUGUCCAGAUGCUCGCAAUUGUUUUCUAUUCGUUGUUUUACAUAUCAUUUUCAGUAUUUAUCUUCUCUGUCAGGUCUUCCAGUCUUAACAAACGUUCCACCUUCACCCGCCACGCCAAUACAACGCAGCACCUUUCAAGCAGUUUGUCAAGCUGAAGGAUUCCCUCGUCCCGUAAUAAGCUGGAGAAGAGUUGGAAUGCCUUUUCCUGGUGGAAGAACUGAGCUGAGCAAUGGUACACUAACCAUUAAGAACUUGAUUCUUGCUGACAGU